UCAAUCUACAAUAAACUAUUACACAUGAAUUGUUCAAUUUUGACAAACUCAGCUCCAAUGGCUCAUGUCCGACAGUGAUACGAGUAGGUGGUUUUUCAAUGACAGCAGGCUCCUGUUCCAAGCAGGACAGCCUUGUGCGUCGACCGAUUCGGACCGUCGGCAGUCGACUAUUAUAGUCCUUCGUCGAUUCAACACGUGCAGAAACAAUGACGAGCUAUCAGCAGAAAUUUGCUGCCAUGCACCUUGGAGGUGCUUCAGGAGGUGUUAGUGAUGUUCCAAUGGACGAGCUGGAAGAUGAGGAGUCAUCCAGGAGGCUUGCUCCGAGGUCUGAGGUCGCUGGCGCUCAUCACCCCUCCAUAACAGCGGACUCUCAUUUUGGAAACCUCUCCACUGCUGAAACGUUUCGAAACUACUACAAGAACGAAACGUCUUAUGAUGCUAAACUGCCCAUAACAGGCUACAGGGACAACAUCAUAUCCACAAUUGAGUCUAAUUCUGUUGUUGUUAUCCAAGGAUCUACGGGCAGUGGAAAGACAACCCAGGUACCUCAGUACCUACUGGACCGAGCUCAGGAGAAGCAGGAGCACUGCAACAUCAUCGUCACUCAGCCGCGUCGUAUCGCUGCCGUCAGCGUGGCGCGGCGUAUCUGCUCCGAGCGCAACUGGACGCUCGGUGGCCUGGUGGGCUAUCAGAUUGCUAUGAACCGCAUGCUGUCGGAGGACACGCGCUUGACAUUCUGCACGACCGGUGUCUUGCUGGAGAAGCUCAUCCAAAACAAGAAUAUGACACAGUACACGCACGUCAUUCUCGACGAGGUCCACGAGCGAGAUGAUGAAAUCGACAUGGCUAUGUUGGUGGUCCGCAAGAUGUUGCGCUCGAAUUCUCGGCACGUGAAGGUUAUCCUCAUGUCUGCCACUAUUGCGUCUGAGGAAUUCUCCGACUACUUUGGAAUAGAGAUCCAAGGCGUACUGCAGAAUGCACCUGUGUUGACAGUGGAAGGGCGCAUGUACCCUGUACAAGAGCACUACCUGGACGAUUUCAAGUGGCUGGUCAAAGACACAUUCUUCUCCGACAUAGAGGACAACGCGCCGGCCAUUACAGAUUAUGCACAGCGCAUGUGCAUGGAGCUGAUUCGGCUGUUUGACACGAUGGAGGUUGACCAGGAAGUCCAGGGUUAUGGUCGCGGGACAGUGCUAGUUUUCCUGCCCGGAAUGGGAGAGAUUCAGGAUAUGACCGGCUUCCUGGGCCCCAUCACCGAGACGGAACGACUGCAGAUUGUUCCCUUGCACUCCAAGGUGCACUUUGAGGACCAGCAGAGGGCUUUCCUGCCACCGGAAGAAGGUCGCAGGAAGGUGAUCCUCGCUACCAACAUUGCUGAAAGCUCUAUCACUGUCCCAGAUGUUUGUUAUGUUAUCGAUUUCUGUCUUGUCAAGCACCUAGUACUGGAUGACACUACUAACUACUCUGCCUUGCGUACAUGCUGGGCAUCCCGUGCAUCGCUACUCCAGCGACAGGGGCGUGCCGGUCGUGUACAGUCCGGCCACUGCUAUCGACUCAUUCCAAAGAAGUUCUUCCGCGAGUCGAUCCCAGACUACUCCGUUCCUGAAAUGCAGCGUCAAUCACUGGAACAAGUUGUUCUGCGUGUCAAGAUGCUCGACAUGGGUGAUCCUCAAAGCCUGCUAGGUCAGGCGCUGUCACCUCCGAACCUUGACCGCGUUGCCAAAACAGUUCUCAUCCUAAAGCAGGUUGGUGCACUUUCUCUGCAGUCGACUGGUUCCGUCUAUGAUGGAGAUUUGACAUUUGCCGGCAAGAUCAUGGCUCAGCUGCCCGUUGAUGUGCGUGUAGCCCGCAUGCUGCUGCUUGGCCAUGUGUUUGGCUACCUCAACGAGUGCUUGGUCAUCGGUGCCUCGCUAUCACUGCGCAGUAUAUUUACACAUGGCUACAAAGAAAAGAAGCUGCAAGCUUUUCGAAACAAGUUGACGUGGGCCAAUGGCUCACAGAGUGACUCCUUUGCCAGUCUGUACGCGUACAUGGAGUGGAAACUGAAGAACGAGGAGAACAGAUUCCGCAAUGGACGAGCGGGUGAACGGCAAUGGGGAAACAGCUUCAGCGUGCACAUUCAGCGCAUGAAGGAAGUUGAUCUCCUUGUUCGGGAACUCCGAAGCCGUAUGGAGAAGUUCAACAUCAUUGCUGAUCGAUCGCUGGCUGAAAAAGCCCGGCAUGGCCUAACUCCCAAUGACCAGUUUAUGCUCAAGAUCAUCCUAUCUGGCGCCUUCUAUCCGUUCUACUUUGGCCUUCGUCGUGAGGAAGAUGCCGCCGCUGUAAAGAUGCUCUCCGGUCACGACCAGCUCUCUACUGUGCAGAUUAUGGGUAUGCCUCCAACAGCGUCAAUGUACGAGAAGGAGAUUACACAGCUGUUCAGGGAGUGUGGCAAGGUGGCCAAAAUACACUUUGAGGCAUCCACCAAGGCGUUUGUGGAGUUUGAACGGCCCAAGCGCCGAGUGCAGGGCACACAGCAGCAACAGCAGGAGGAGAAUGGUGUGUUGCAAGCAGUGACCCUAGCUCUCAAGAUGAGACACAUUCGCUACCCCCUGUCCUUUGAAUUGGAUCCGAAGAAGGAUGCAGCCUUUAGUGAGAAGGAGUCCAGAGCGAGAUUCCAGAUUUUCUAUGGCCAAGCGCCAGUGGAACAGCAACAGCAUCGCACUCUUCCACAGCAUGAUCUAUCUAAGCUGCAUCAGAUGGAAGUACUCAUCACGGAGAUCGUUACGGUCAGCGAAUUCUGGGUGCAAAUGACAGAGAGCUCAGGUGAACUGUCCGAGAUCAGCGAGUGGAUUUAUCGUCGGCGAAACAGCUUCAAGGCUCUUCGUUCCCCUACAGUGGGCAUGGUCUGUGUGGCGCUGUGGUCCGAGGACAUGAACUACUACCGCGUCUGCAUCAAUGACAUCCGCGAUUCGGAUAACACUGCAGGGGUUACGUUCCUUGACUUUGGCAACUCAAGUCGCACUGUGCUUGCGGAGUUGAAGGAAUGCCCAGAGCAUUUGUUCAAAAUCAAGCAGCAAGCGUUGAAGUGUUCCUUGAGAGGUGUGUCUCCGUCCACUUUGGAAGCCGGACACACUGGGCAUUGGUCAAAUCAGGCACUGCAGCUCUUCAGUGAUUUGACCUAUAACAAGCGUAUCUGGGCACAGAUCUACUCUACUGUGGACAAUGUAAUCCGCUGCGACCUUGUGGACACGUCCGACCCCGACCGCGAUAUCUCGGUGUGUGCCACGCUAGUCAGCCAGAACGCCGCUGAGGCUCGCGAGGAAACGACUGAAUCCAAGCUUGCCCACGAGAGGCGUCUUGCUAUUCUCGAAGGAAGACAAGUUCCUCAAGCGGUUGAAGCAGCUGCAGCUUCAGCUAGUUCUUGGAGGGAUCAGUUUGCAUUCAGCAAGGCACCUGUCGAAGCUGGCUGGACUGACGCUGGUACCUCAUUUGGUGAUGGGAGCUAUCAGCGGGAGCGUGAAGAGAUUAACGUCAAAGGACCGUACAGUGCGUAUGAACUCCAGUUCUGCUCUAUGACCAAGACUCACCAUCAUGCGCGCGUGGAGCGCGACUCGGUGAACAGCGCGGCAGUUGACGACCUGCAGACCAGCGGCUUUAAGCGCAUGGCAGUGGCGGCCACCGUGGGACUUGCUCCCAGCGGCUUCAAUGUCAUCGUCAGAGAGAGCACUGUCAUGCCUAAUAUCAAAGGUCUGCCCGCUUUGAUCACUAUGCUGUUCUGCCCAACGCUGGAGAUGCGCACUGACCCUUUCCAUCGCUACUACAUCGGUUGCUUGUGUGGUUCUGGCUCUAAAGCAAACACUGAUGUUGGCGCGAAUCCUGACGACGAUAUCGAGGUGGUGUUCGACGUUGAGUUUGAUCAGCAGGACCUGGUGGAUAUCAAUGCCAUUCGACAUGGUAUGAAUAUUGCUCUGGCGGACAACGGCAACUUUGAGAAAGUGAAGUGGGCCGGUGGUCCUGCCAAUCGACUGCAGAGAGUGCAGCAAGAAAAGAUCAUGAAGCUGUUCCAGCGUGACCGUAAAGGCAUCACAUCUCUGGAGUCAUCCGAGAAUGAGUACAAGUGGAACAAGGUUCAUGCUGAAGAAGUGGUACACGCCGAGACUCUAGACGGCAGCUUGCAGGAUGCCGGUCCCAUCCCGUUCAUGUACCUGCACAAUGGCAUUCGCUUGCAGUCCGAUGACGUACUUAAGCGCAAACAGCAGAGCAGCACCAGCAGCAGCAGCGGCGGUGGCGGCGAUGAGGUUGCCGAAUGUACACCUGCUGCUGCUGCGCGCGCUGAUUUGAAGGAGAUGCGCGCCAAAGUUCAGAGCCUGUACACCAUUGCUUCCCGGAGUGACGCCCCCCUGGAGACAAGAGUGGUGUGUCCAACUUGCGACUUUGUUGCUGCCACAGCACAUGACCUAUUGCGUCAUGUCAAUAGCCGCACUCAUCGUGAACAGGAACGCAAGAUCUUUUCUUGAUGCUGCUGUCCAGCAUGCGCAGCCGAUACACUGUGCACUGCUCCAGUUCUCUCCCCCCCCCCCCCCCUCCAGCACACACACACACGUACACACACACACACGUGCGCAUGCGCAAUUGCCGUCUCGCCGUUGGUUAAUUGUUGCAGUGGCUGUGUGAGCUGUGGAAGCUCCGGUGUAACGUUAUGUACAUGUAUGUAUGUGUGUCUAGCGUUUAUGUUUGAAACAUGUGUCUUGCAUGUGGGUGUGCAUGGAACACUCUUUGAAAUAUCGAUCAGGGCUUUAAGCCGCUUGAUAGCAGUUCUUAUGGCAUUUUUCUCAUGUAAACAGACAUAUUUUUUCCCUUGCAGCUGUCCAUUAUGCCUCCAUUCCCCUAUCAAGACUGGUGGUGUCUGGUCUUUUAUGUACGGGCUAUCUGCCAAUUCUGAAAAGCUGGUCUUUUCCCUAUUUCGUACGAAAACUGUUGUAUAACUGUAUGUGCAAAUGCAACAACCACCUUGACAAUACAGUAUGUUGCUUUUGCCAGUUCGUUCCUCUCCGUGAUGGCCUGCAUUUUUUGUUUUGUUUUGAUGCUGCCAGAUCGUGCGUGUUACUUUGCUGUGUUUUGUACUUUGGCGGCGGAUCUCUGUGUUUCUUUUCUCUCUCUCUUUUUUUAAUUUAAAGUUUCGCCAUGUUGAAUGAACAGUUGUGUUUGGAUAUUGAGGAAGGUCCUGAUUCCAGUGUGCUACUUAUUACUAUGAAUUUAUGAUACAAUGGCUAAGAACAAGUGGCAGCAGACAGGAUGCACCAUCA